AUGGACAGACAGUAUGGACUGAUUGCAAAAUGCCAUUGCUUAACUAUCCUAAAACUGAGAAAGCUCGAGCAGCUCAUACCUGUGAUUGAGGUAAACAUCAAGAAGCAAAAGGACCGUCGCGAAUACCAACUCCUUCACGACAAAGGGAAGUCCAUGCAAGACACCCGAAGGCGUAACUUCCUGCAAAAUCUCAUCGAUGGGGUGAACACGGCUGAGAUACGAGGUGUAGCAGAGAUGUUCCAACCGAAACCCGGCGUGGGUCUGGGCAAAAUCUGCACUGUCAGCGUUGGCAUCGAUGAUGAAGGCAAAAACCUGACCCAGGAGACCCACAAGGAACCUUACAAGGAGCAGCCUCUAAAGACCCCCGGAAAGAAGAAAAAAGGAAAGUCCGGGAAACGUAAAGAUCAAGAGAAGAAGAAGAGGCGAAUUCGUUCGGCCUGGCUCAGCUUAAAAGGGUCCGGCAGUGGGAUGGACAUCUUGCGUGUUGCACCUAUUAAGACAAGGAGAUUCCGAGUAACCUUCCAAAGCCUUAAGCAGAAGAAACUUGCAGAGUUGAACUGA